AUGUCUUCAAACGACGAGACCGACCACGCCAUCGAGGUCUGGCGCUACCGCAAGCUCCUCAACAUGCUUGCUGCCUCGCGCGGUGCCGGUACUUCGUGUAUCACCCUUAUUCUCCCUCCUCGCUCGCAGAUCUCGCAGGCGAGCUCUAUGCUUACCACCGAGUACGGUACCGCCUCCAACAUCAAGUCGCGUGUUAACAGGUUAUCGGUGCUCUCGGCCAUCACCUCGACCCAGCAGAAGCUCAAGCUGUACUCGCGUGUGCCCGACAACGGUCUCUGUGUCUUUGUCGGCACUGUGCUGAACGAGGAGGGCAAGGAGAAGAAGCUGUCGUUUGCGCUUGAGCCCUUCAAGCCCAUCAACACUUCGCUCUACAUGUGCGACUCGCGUUUCCACGUCGAGGCCCUCGAGGAGCUGCUCGAGAACGACUCCAAGUGGGGUUUCAUCAUCAUGGACGGUAACGGAUCGCUGUUCGGUACGCUUUCCGGAAACGCGCGCGAGGUGCUGCACAAGUUCAGCGUCGACCUUCCCAAGAAGCACGGUCGUGGUGGUCAGUCCGCGCUGCGUUUCUCGCGUCUGCGUGACGAGGCUCGUCGUAACUAUGUCCGCAAGGUCGCCGAGCUUGCUGUUCAGCACUUUAUCACUGCCGACAAGGUCAACGUUGCCGGUCUCGUUCUUGCCGGUUCCGCCGAGCUCAAGACCGACCUCUCGGGUUCGGACCUGUUCGACGGCCGUCUGCUCGCCAAGGUCGUCAAGAUUGUUGACGUCUCGUACGGUGGCGAGAACGGUUUCAACCAGGCCAUUGAGCUUGCUGCCGACGCCCUCGCCAACGUCAAGUUCAUCCAGGAGAAGAAGCUCAUCCAGAAGUACUUUGACGAGAUUGCCCUCGACACUGGCAAGUACUGCUUUGGUAUUGUGGACACCCUCAAGGCGCUCGACAUGGGUGCCGUCGAGACUCUGAUUGUCUGGGAGGGUCUCGAGACCAUCCGUCACACUCUCCGCAACGCCGCCGGUGACGAGGUUAUCGUCUUCUCGCAGCCCGACGAGAAGGACCGUGAGAAGUUUAUGGACAAGGCGACCGGCCUCGAGAUGGAGGCCACCGCCGAGGCCAAGCCUCUCCUCGAGUGGUUUGCCGAGAAGUACAAGGACUUUGGAGCCACCCUCGAGUUCUGUACCAACAAGUCGCAGGAGGGCUCGCAGUUCGUCCGUGGCUUUGGUGGUAUCGGUGGUCUCCUCCGUUACAAGGUCGCGUUCGAGGACCUCGGUGACCUCGAGGACGAGGACGACGAGUUCUACGGCUCGGACGAGGACAGCGACAUCUAA